CCGCGGCCCGGCCCGGCCGGCUCCCUCCUCCCUCCCCUGCAGCCUUCGCCUGCCCUCCCGCCGGCCGCACCGGGCUCCAGGGGGGCCAGAGGCUCUGCGGGGUGGGGGGAGGACAGGAGGGGAGGAGGAGGGAGGGGGGACCCCCGAGUCGCCCCCUCUCCUCCCCCCGCCCCCCCGGCUCCAUCCUCCGCCGCCGCCCGAGCAGCUGCGGGGCCGCCGCCGCCGCCGCCGCCGCCGCCGCCUUUGCAGGCUGAGUCAUCACUAGAGAGUGGGAAGGGCAGCAGCAGCAGCAGAGAAUCCAAACCCCAAAGCUGAUACCACAAAGUAGCAUUUCUCCAAGUUGGGGGCUCAGAGGGGAGCCAUCAUGAGCGAUGUUACCGUUGUGAAAGAAGGCUGGGUUCAGAAGAGGGGAGAAUAUAUAAAAAACUGGAGGCCAAGAUAUUUCCUUUUGAAGACAGAUGGCUCAUUCAUAGGAUAUAAAGAGAAACCUCAAGAUGUGGAUUUACCUUAUCCCCUCAACAACUUUUCAGUGGCAAAAUGCCAGUUAAUGAAAACAGAACGACCAAAGCCAAACACAUUUAUUAUCAGAUGUCUCCAGUGGACCACUGUUAUAGAGAGAACAUUUCAUGUAGAUACUCCAGAGGAAAGGGAAGAGUGGACAGAAGCUAUUCAGGCGGUAGCAGACAGACUUCAGAGACAAGAAGAGGAGAGAAUGAAUUGUAGUCCAACUUCACAAAUUGAUAAUAUAGGGGAGGAAGAGAUGGAUGCUUCCACAACCCAUCAUAAAAGAAAGACAAUGAAUGAUUUUGACUAUUUGAAACUACUAGGUAAAGGCACUUUUGGGAAAGUUAUUUUGGUUCGAGAGAAGGCAAGUGGGAAAUACUAUGCUAUGAAGAUUCUGAAGAAAGAAGUGAUUAUUGCAAAGGAUGAAGUGGCACAUACUCUAACGGAAAGCAGAGUGUUAAAGAACACUCGACACCCCUUUUUAACAUCCUUGAAAUAUUCCUUCCAGACAAAAGACCGUUUGUGUUUUGUGAUGGAAUAUGUUAAUGGGGGAGAGCUGUUUUUCCAUUUGUCGAGAGAGCGGGUGUUCUCCGAGGACCGCACACGUUUCUAUGGUGCAGAAAUUGUCUCUGCCUUGGACUAUCUACAUUCCGGAAAGAUUGUGUACCGUGAUCUCAAGUUGGAGAAUUUGAUGCUGGAUAAAGAUGGCCACAUAAAAAUUACAGAUUUUGGACUUUGCAAAGAAGGGAUUACAGAUGCAGCCACCAUGAAGACAUUCUGUGGCACACCAGAGUAUCUGGCACCAGAGGUGUUAGAAGACAAUGACUAUGGCCGAGCCGUGGAUUGGUGGGGACUGGGGGUCGUCAUGUAUGAAAUGAUGUGUGGGAGGUUACCUUUCUACAAUCAGGAUCAUGAGAAGCUUUUUGAACUAAUACUAAUGGAAGACAUUAAAUUCCCUCGAACACUCUCUUCAGAUGCAAAAUCAUUGCUUUCGGGGCUCUUGAUAAAGGAUCCAAAUAAACGCCUUGGCGGGGGCCCAGAUGAUGCAAAAGAAAUUAUGAGGCACAGUUUCUUCUCUGGAGUCAACUGGCAAGAUGUAUACGAUAAAAAGCUUGUACCUCCUUUUAAGCCUCAAGUAACAUCUGAGACAGAUACCAGAUAUUUCGAUGAAGAAUUUACAGCGCAGACUAUUACAAUAACACCACCUGAAAAGUAUGACGAGGAUGGUAUGGACUGCGUGGACAACGAGCGGCGGCCGCACUUCCCUCAGUUCUCCUACUCCGCCAGCGGCCGGGAGUAAGGCCCUCGUUCUGCUCCUUCACUGUCAUCCCAGAUUUCUUCCUGAAGAUGAUUCCUGGACAUCACAGCAGUCGUAGCUCUUACAAAGCAGGAGCGCCUCCAGACACCCCAGCCCACUCUCACCCCCACAAGAACACACAUGUACGCAAACACACUUGUUUGUUUUUGCAUGAAAUUGUAUCUCCGUCUACGGUCUCAUGCUGCUGCUGCUACUGUCUUACUAUUCUAGCAACUUUAAGAGGUAAUUUUACAAUCUUUGGAAGUCAUGAGCCCACCAUUGUUCAUUUGUGCACCAGUUGUCAUCUUUCGAUUUUUUAGUUUUUGUUUUUCCCUAACAGUGAAGGCUAAAUGAGAUACACUGAUUCUAGGUACAUUUUUUAACUUUCUAGAAGAUAAAUCAAAAACUAAUUAGACUAAGAAGAUUUAGUUUAUAAUUCAGAACAAACAAUUGUGGCAGGGUGGUGAUGUGCAUAUGCAGAAUUUUAUUUAGGAAGGCACAGGAGAUCAGUGCGUACCAUGGGGAUCUCGCACCCAGACCUGGCCGGAAUCCAUAGGGAAGCAUCUGAGAGAAGGACCGAACAACUGUUGAGCUAGAGCGAUAGAUACACACGUAGUCCCUGUUGGACACUGCUGAGGAAGCCCGCUAUUCCACCUGGACAUCCAGAUUUCACGGGUGGUCGUUGGCAAGAUGAACACUGUUCUUCCAGGGAAGGAGGCAUAUGCACAGCAGAGGCAAGGUCGCUUACAGGCUCUAUGACACGAUUUGCACCAGAGAGCAUUUUUCCCCCCCUGUGCUUGGAAACCUUUUUCCCUUCUUGAUAUUUAUCACCUCUGAUGGCUGAAGAAUGUAGACAGGUAUAAUGAUCCUGCUUUUCACCAAAAUUUGUACACCAAGGUAAACAGGUGUUUGCCUUAUUUGUUUUAAGUUUUGACUUUCAGUUCUUCGUGGAUUAGCUUUUUCUCGGAUGUUAAACCUUUGAAUGUCCUUUUAUGAUUUUGUUUAUAUUGCAGUAGUAUUUAUUUCUUAGUGAAGAAAAAUUGUGUGUCAUGUUAGCAAAUGCAGCUCCAACUUACAUGAACUAGACUCACUGCAGUUUAUUUUGACCCAUGUGCAAGGAAUGUACACGCCAAUGAGAAUCAUGCACUUUUUCUCCUUUGUAACAAAAUCUGAUGAGGCUCUGAAAUUGUACAUAUUGGUUAGAAUUGGGCUCUGGGAGAAGAGAUGCUGGCACUGAACCCCUUGGUGCUCAAAGUGAGAAAAUCCCCAGGUCUCCGUGCUGAGGGGUUAAGGAGAUGGAAGGAUGUUGCUGUUGCUCGUUUGAGAUGGAAAUGCUCUGACGGCCUGGUGACACGGGGCCGUGAAGGAAACAGAAUCUGCGUGACCGUGACAAAUGCACCGUACUUGGCAAAAUGCGCACAUCUCGAGUAUUCAGAGUAGGCAGUAAGGGAUAAGAACCUGGUGUGUUUAUUCCGAUCAUGGUACAUUUAUCACUGAUUUAAGCCAUCAGGGAGAAAACAAAACAACACACAAAAAGAACACCUCCAACUUUUCUUUUUCUGUAUAUACUCAUGUCCCCAGAUUCCAACAUUUCUCACUGAAAGGGGACAUGUAUGCAAACCUCAUCUUUCUCCUUCAUUAAUGAUGAUCUUCAGAUUAAACCCUUUGGUGCUAGGAGCUGACAUUUUCCAAAGCAGCCUAUGAAGUCCAGGGGCCAGGGCCGUGGCUGCGAUCCUGGAGAAGGAUGUGGUCACCCGAUCUGACAGCUCCCCGUGGAGGACGGCAGCGUGACGUGGGAUCACUGUUGUCAGAGGAGCAAGUGACUUUCUGAGGAGGAUGAAUCCCAUUCAUAUGCAGAUGUCUUAGCCUCGGACGCUGGAGUGUGGAUCUGUAGACGAGACACCACUGCUGGCGGUGGGCAGGCCACUGGGACUGACGGGGGUCAAAGGGCAUUUUACUAAGGCAGCUAAGACAUAUUCAGACAUAGGUUUUAUCCUAAUUUUUCAUCUUCCUACCUGAGUGAAGUUCAUCCUUAGCAUGGAGUAGGAAGUUACAGGAAAUGGUAGUUCAUUCUUACUUACACAUGUAGCUUCACUUCUUCCCCCUUGGAAUUCUGUUGACUGUCUCACCUGGACCAGAGAGUAGCCUAGAAGGUGUGUCCCGUAAGUCGUCUCGCAUCGUCAGGGCUGAGGGGCGCGGGUGCGAGGCCGAGCGGGCGGCUGAGGCGCCCGGUCCUGCGGAGCCGCAGACCCUCUCGGCCCUUGGAGGGGGAGGCGACCCCGUACACCAAGCACUUCCGUAGCUUCCCCCCCUCAGGGGACUUCCGUGACCUUGGCCAAGGACGCCUCCUGAGGACGGGUGACCGCUGGCCGGCCGCGAGCCGGGCUCGCUCCCUCGGGCCGCGGGCGUCUCCGUGGCUUCCAGGCGCAGCCUCCGCUUGGCGCUCGCGCCCGGGGGAGAGGGGGGGAGGGAGGGCGGGAAAGCUGACGCGUGCGUGAGAGUGCGUGCGUACGCACGCGAGUACGUGCGUGUGCGUGUGCGUGCCCGUGCGUGGAGGUCCCGCGCCGCCCCGCCCCGCCCGACUCCCCCGGCGCCUGCCCUCUCGCGUCCGCGCCGCCAUCGGGGGACGGGCCGUGUCCGCUUGGGUCGCUGGCAGGCUGCUCCCGGCUUUGCUUUCUACACUCGCUCCGUAGCGUCAGUCCAGUAUUGUUUGCAGCGCCCGGUCCUGGUUCCGGCUUCUUCCCGCUGACUGUUCUUGCAGGGGCCCCUCGCUUCUCCUCGAGGGCAGGAGGGAGGGCCGCCCCACUAACUGCAGGGUCUCCGUAUUACACCUCAACGUACACACUUUGCUGCUACUGUUCGUACUGUCUACAGUAGAAUCUCCUUAUCUUGCUCCUGGUAGUGCGUUACAGGCAAGCAUGAAAUGUAAAGUAUUUAUUUAAAUAAAAAGAAAACCUCUAAAUUGGUAAUUGAAUUACCUCCCUGUAGCUUUAUAGUUUGUGACAUUUCUUGACCUUGCUAGUUCUUUCAUUAGAUCCGCGCAAGAUCUAGUCAUCUGGUUAAGGAUUUUAAGCAGACGCAACUAUGAACCCAAGAAAAACUGUAUUACUAUUAUUGUCGGUCAUACUAAAACUGUUCAUUUCUUUAAGCAUAUGACCCACAAGGAUGUGAAAUAACUACAAGAAACUGUUUUUGUACACUGUACAUCCUUAGUAUUUUUACACGUAUAUGAUAGGGAUGCACAUUAUUUUCCUUCGUACAGACGGCUUAAAUAAAGCACUAUGUCAAUCUGCUACUUCUCUGUUUAUUGUUGUUGGACGUGGUUCUGUAGUCUCAGAAAAUGGAAUAUUAUUCUUUUCUGGAAAAAAAAAGGAUUCUUAAUAGCUCCAGCUGGUAUUAACCCCCCCCCAAAGUGUGCAGGAGAAUGACGUCCGUCUCUCCUAGCCCAGGUCACACACAGGAUGGCUGCGCUCCUACUUCACUAAGAUGGCAGUAGUGCGGUUGUGCCAACGUGGACGAGGGGCCCCGCUUCUGACGGGGAGGUGCCGACGGCUCCGCGACAGUUCUGGGGCAGGAAGAAGGUCUCCUCCUAACUUCCCACCAGGCGGCUCGGGCCGGGACGCUUCAGGAGUGUCGCUCCUCGGUAGUUGAGUCUUCCUGAGGACGUUACCCAUGUGGCUCUGCAAACUUCUUCCUCAGAGUGUGUGUUGGCAAAUGAACAAACUUAGUCGUGGGUGAGAGGUGGGUAGGGCGGCUGGCGUACAGCCUGAUCAUCUAGACUUGUUUUGGAUGGGGACUUUUUCUGAUUUUACCUCAUAAACCUACUCUUGUACAGACUUGGCUUUGCUCAUGUGACUAAUUGGCUUUGGGACCAAAGUCAGGCAGGCACGCAUGCGUAUGUCGCACGCCGAAUCUGAGGGCAUUCUUCCAUGUGCUCUUACCGCACAACCACCGGGAUGGACAGAUCCAGGAGGCUAACAUAAAGUGACCUCUACAAUUCUUUAAGGGUGCUAUUUGUAGAAUAUCGUGUGAUUUACUUACUGUAGUCCUAAAACAAUUAGGGACGACUAACCGCUCUUACGUGACAACCUUGAUGUCUAGCACGUUAGAGCAAAUCAAACACUGAAUCCAGAUAGAAGUUCUGCUCUCUCAGGCUGGAACCUUUUCCAUGCUCCAGAGACUUGAGAACAGGUCUUUGCGUGUGUAUCAUCCCAGCGCCUCCAAAGCC